AUGGCAGGAGCUUCUGUCAAGGUGGCGGUGCGGGUACGCCCUUUCAACUCCCGGGAAAUGAGCAAGGAGUCCAAAUGUAUCAUACAGAUGACAGGAAACACCACAACUAUCAUUAAUCCAAAACAGCCCAAGGAGACACCCAAAAGUUUCAGCUUUGACUAUUCCUAUUGGUCUCACACAACACCUGAAGACAUCAACUAUGCCUCUCAGAAGCAAGUAUACCGGGACAUUGGAGAAGAGAUGCUUCAGCAUGCUUUUGAAGGUUAUAAUGUCUGCAUCUUUGCUUAUGGCCAGACUGGAGCUGGCAAGUCGUACACUAUGAUGGGCAAACAAGAGAAGGACCAGCAAGGAAUAAUCCCCCAGCUGUGUGAGGAUCUCUUCUCUCGAAUCAAUGACACAACAAAUGACAACAUGUCAUACUCAGUGGAGGUGAGCUAUAUGGAAAUAUAUUGUGAACGUGUACGUGACCUUCUUAAUCCCAAGAACAAAGGAAACUUGAGGGUGAGAGAGCACCCACUGCUUGGACCAUAUGUUGAAGAUCUCUCAAAACUAGCUGUCACAUCCUAUAAUGACAUCCAGGAUCUAAUGGACUCGGGGAACAAAGCCAGGACGGUGGCUGCCACCAAUAUGAAUGAAACCAGCAGCCGUUCACAUGCAGUCUUCAAUAUUAUCUUCACUCAGAAACGACACGAUGCGGAGACUGACAUCACCACGGAGAAGGUCAGCAAAAUCAGUUUGGUGGACCUUGCAGGGAGUGAACGGGCUGACUCUACUGGAGCAAAAGGAACAAGACUUAAGGAGGGAGCAAAUAUCAAUAAAUCGCUAACCACCCUGGGGAAGGUGAUUUCUGCUUUGGCUGAGAUGGAUUCAGGACCAAAUAAGAAUAAGAAAAAGAAAAAGACAGACUUUAUUCCUUACCGGGACUCUGUACUUACCUGGCUCCUUCGAGAAAAUCUAGGUGGCAACUCUCGGACUGCUAUGGUAGCUGCUCUCAGUCCUGCUGAUAUCAACUACGAUGAGACGCUCAGCACAUUAAGGUAUGCUGACCGUGCUAAGCAGAUCAGGUGCAAUGCCGUCAUUAAUGAGGAUCCUAACAACAAGCUGAUCAGAGAAUUGAAGGAUGAAGUGGCUCGCUUGAGAGACUUGCUCUAUGCCCAGGGCCUGGGAGACAUCAUUGACACCAAUCCUGUUCCAGGAGGACCUAAAUACAUGUCCGACUUUGAGAACAAUAAUGAUAACCGUAGAGUGGCAGAUAUGAGUCAACGCCAUGACAAUCUCUCCACAGUGACCAAUGCCUUGGUUGGAAUGAGCCCGUCUUCCUCACUCUCAGCCUUGUCCAGCCGAGCAGCUUCUGUCUCCAGUCUCCAUGAACGCAUCAUGUUUGUACCAGGUAGUGAAGAGGCCAUUGAGAGGCUAAAGGAAACUGAGAAGAUCAUUGCUGAGCUGAAUGAAACAUGGGAAGAAAAGUUGCGUAGAACAGAAGCAAUCCGUAUGGAGAGGGAGGCUUUACUGGCAGAAAUGGGUGUGGCUAUGAGAGAAGAUGGUGGUACACUGGGGGUCUUCUCACCUAAAAAGACACCGCAUCUAGUCAACCUAAAUGAGGAUCCAUUAAUGUCUGAGUGCCUUCUCUACUACAUUAAAGAUGGACUAACUAGGGUUGGUCGAGAAGAUGCUGAGAGAAGGCAAGACAUUGUCCUCAGUGGACACUUCAUCAAAGAAGAACACUGCAUAUUCCGAAGUGACACUAAGGCUGGCAGUGAAGCAGUGGUGACCCUGGAACCUUGUGAGGGAGCAGACACCUAUGUCAAUGGCAAGAAAGUAACAGAACCCAGCAUCUUAAGAUCAGGAAAUCGCAUAAUCAUGGGGAAGAGUCAUGUAUUUCGAUUUAACCAUCCAGAGCAGGCACGGCAAGAACGGGAGAGGACCCCUUGUGCAGAAACCCCUGCUGAACCAGUAGACUGGGCUUUUGCCCAGAGGGAACUCUUGGAGAAACAAGGCAUUGACAUGAAGCAAGAGAUGGAACAGAGGCUUCAGGAAUUGGAGGACCAAUACCGGAAGGAAAGGGAAGAGGCUAAUUAUCUUCUGGAGCAGCAAAGACUUGAUUAUGAAAGUAAAUUGGAGGCUUUACAGAAGCAGAUGGACUCAAGAUACUACCCAGAGGCUAAUGAAGAAGAAGAGGAACCAGAGGAUGAAGUUCAGUGGACGGAACGGGAGUUUGAGUUGGCACUCUGGGCCUUCAGGAAGUGGAAAUGGUACCAAUUUACUUCCCUCCGGGAUCAACUGUGGGGCAAUGCCAUUUUCUUAAAAGAGGCCAAUGCCAUCAGUGUGGAGUUGAAGAAGAAGGUUCAAUUUCAGUUUGUACUCCUCACGGACACCCUGUACUCACCUCUUCCUCCGGACUUGCUUCCUCCGGAUGCUGCUAAAGAACGUGAGAAACGUCCUUUCCCAAGGACCAUUGUAGCAGUGGAGGUGCAGGACCAGAAGAAUGGAGCAACCCAUUACUGGACUCUGGAGAAACUCAGACAGAGGUUGGACCUGAUGCGGGAGAUGUAUGACCGGGCAGCUGAAGUGCCCUCUAGUGUUAUUGAAGACUGUGACAAUGUGGUGACAGGCGGAGACCCCUUUUAUGACCGCUUCCCUUGGUUCAGGCUGGUCGGCAGUUCAGAUAUCUCUGGCUGCAACAGCUCUCCUAUUUUCAACACAUGCAUGAGCGAGCGCAUGGCUGAUCUCACCCCCUCCCCCACCUUCUCGAACCCCGACUCCGACAUCACCGAGCCUGCUGACGAGCAGCACGUGGGGAAGGAGGAGGAGGAGGAGGACCUGGAGGAAGACAUCUUUCCGGAGUACCCGCUGUAUGAUGGCCAGGAUCCAUUUUACGACCGCUCCCCCCUGUUCAGUUUAGUAGGAAGAGCUUUUGUGUAUCUCAGCAACCUGCUGUAUCCUGUUCCUCUGGUCCACCGUGUUGCCAUUGUCAGCGAAAAAGGGGAAGUGAAAGGUUUCUUGCGUGUGGCAGUUCAGGCCAUCUCAGCCGAUGAAGAAGCACCAGAUUAUGGCUCAGGAGUGCGGCAGUCAGGAACCGCCAAAAUUUCCUUUGAUGAUCAGCAUUUUGAGAAGUUCCAGUCUGAGUCUUGUCCUGUCGUGGGAAUGUCCCGCUCUGGAACUUCACAGGAAGAGCUGCGCAUUGUAGAGGGACAAGGGCAGAUAACUGACAUAGGACCAUCAGCAGAUGAAGUCAACAACAACACCUGUGCAGCCACUCCGGAAGAUCUCCUCUUGGAUAGUUCGGAGAAGUCUGCUGUAGACGGGCCGUUAGAGGCUGCCCUGGAGCAUUUGAAGCUGGGCAGCAUCUUCACUUUCCGAGUGACUGUACUGCAGGCCUCAAGCAUCUCAGCAGAAUACGCUGACAUCUUCUGCCAGUUUAACUUUAUCCAUCGCCAUGAUGAGGCCUUCUCUACUGAACCCUUGAAGAACACUGGACGAGGUCCACCUCUUGGCUUCUACCAUGUCCAGAACAUUGCAGUGGAAGUUACCAAAUCUUUCAUCGAAUACAUUAAGAGCCAGCCAAUUGUUUUUGAGGUAUUUGGACACUAUCAGCAGCAUCCGUUUCCCCCUCUCUGCAAAGAUGUGCUCAGCCCCCUAAGACCAUCCCGGCGCCAUUUUCCUCGCGUCAUGCCAUUAUCCAAACCAGUGCCUGCAACAAAAUUGAGUGCCAUGACAAGGCCAAGCAUCGGCCCCUGCCAAUGCAAAUAUGAUCUGAUGGUCUUCUUUGAGAUUUGUGAACUGGAGGCCAAUGGCGACUACAUCCCUGCUGUUGUGGAUCACCGUGGAGGGAUGCCCUGCCAUGGAACUUUCCUACUACACCAGGGCAUCCAGAGGAGGAUCACAGUCACCUUGGUGCAUGAGACAGGUAGCCACAUCCGGUGGAAGGAAGUGCGGGAGCUGGUUGUGGGUCGGAUCCGGAACACCCCGGAAGGAGAUGAAUCCCUCAUUGACCCCAACAUCCUUUCUCUGAAUAUCUUGUCAUCAGGAUACAUUCGACCCUCCCAGGAUGAUCGGACAUUUUACCAAUUUGAAGCAGCGUGGGAUAGUUCCAUGCACAACUCUCUGCUGUUGAAUCGUGUCACCCCAUACAGAGAGAAAAUCUACAUGACCCUCUCAGCAUACAUUGAGAUGGAGAAUUGCACCCAGCCAGCUGUGAUCACCAAAGAUUUCUGCAUGGUCUUCUACUCCAGGGAUGCCAAACUCCCUGCUUCGCGAUCUAUCCGCAAUCUUUUUGGGAGUGGAAGCCUACGAGCCUUGGAGAGUAACCGUGUGACUGGGGUCUAUGAACUCAGCCUUUGUCGGGUAGCUGAUGCUGGUAGUCCAGGCAUGCAAAGGAGACGCCGCCGUGUUCUUGACACUUCUGUGGCCUAUGUGCGAGGCGAGGAGAACCUGGCAGGCUGGCGGCCCCGUAGUGACAGCCUCAUCCUGGAUCAUCAGUGGGAACUGGAGAAACUGAGCCUCCUGCAGGAAGUGGAAAAAACAAGACAUUACCUGCUCCUGCGUGAGAAGCUAGAGACAACUCAUCGUUUAGGUGAUUCCCUGUCCUCAAGUUCCAGUGAAGACUCUGAUUCUCGCAGCACAUCUUGUGUCUCUUCUCCCAUCUCAGCAGAUGGUACACCAGAAGGGAGAAGUUUAUCACUAGACACCCCCAGUGAAAGGCAGAAAGAACUUGCAGUCAAGUGCUUGCGUCUUCUCACACAUACAUUCAACAGAGAGUACAGCCAUAGCCAUGUGUGUAUCAGUGCAAGUGAGAGCAAGCUGUCUGAAAUGUCAGUGACUUUGAUGAGAGACCCUUCCAUGCCAGCUCUUGGUGGCACUACCUUGACCCCCUCCUCCACCUGCCCAUCACUGGUUGAAGGACGAUACAAUGGCACAGAAGCCAGACCUCUCCAGCUCUCUUCCAGGGUAGAAAGCCCUGAAGCUGAGCCCACAGUGGAAGGGGAACAGAAGAAAUCCCCAGUCUGUGGGCCUGAGGAUGAAAAGGAGAUCCAGCGCCUAUUAGUCCCUGAUAUUCAAGAGAUUCGGGUCAGUCCCAUUGUCUCCAGGAAAGGCUAUCUACACUUCUUGGAGCCCCACACAAAUGGCUGGGUGAAGCGCUACGUGGUGGUGAGGCGCCCCUACGUCUACAUAUACAACAGUGACAAGGACUCUGUCGAGAGGGCUGUCCUCAAUCUCUCAUCAGCUCAGGUGGAAUACAGCGAGGACCAGCAGGCGAUGCUGAAAACCCCUAACACAUUUGCAGUGUGCACUGAGCACCGUGGGAUCCUGCUGCAGGCAAGCAAUGACAAGGAUAUGCAUGAUUGGCUGUAUGCAUUUAACCCUCUCCUCGCUGGAUCAAUAAGAUCCAAAUUGUCUAGACGGAGAACAGCCCAGACAAGAAUUUAA